AUGGAAAAAUAUAGAGAGUUUUCAGAUGCAUCAACAGGAAUAAAUCCAUUUUUGCCAAUAUGGAUUAAUAAGAAAUUAAGUAUACAUGAAAGAUUAUUGAAGUUAUUAUUAUUACCUUUAGUAAUAUGCAGAACCUGUUUUAUUUGUUUAACUAUAGUUUUUAUGUUUUUUUUAAAUAAUUUAUUAAGAUUUUUAGUAUUUCAAUGUAUAAAGGAUUUUUUUUAUCAAAUAAUACAAACAAUAUAUUGUAGAUUAUUAUUAUUUCAUUUGGGUUUUAUAUAUUUAGAAGAACAAUAUGCUAAUUAUAAAAGAGUUAAAAUAAAAUGUACAACACAACAGAUUCCAUUUACUUAUGAUGAUUAUGGUCAUAUAUUUUUAUCUAAUUUUACUUCUUUUGUUGAUAUUUUAUAUUUAGCUUUUCGAUUAAAUCCGAUGUUUGUAGUGGUAAAUAAAAAUGGAACAUUAUCUCCUGUAUUUUUUUUUGAUUUAAUUAAAUUAUCUUUACAAUUUUCUAUACCAAAUAAAAAUGGAUUAUUUAAAAAUAUUGAACAAGUACAUAUAUAUGCAAAAAAUAAAAAAAUACAUAGUGUUGUUAUAUUUCCAGAAGCCAUGAAGAGUAAUGGUUCAUGUAUUUUAUUAUGGAAAAAGGAAAUAUUUUUAAACUCUGAAAAUGUUUUAAAAAAUAAAUGUAAUCUUAUAGCAUUUGUUUAUGAUGUAAAUUGUAUUAAUAAAAAAUUAAAUCAAAUAUAUACACCACCUCAUACUGUUUUACAUCCAUUUAUGCAUAUUACAUAUUUAUGUUUUAAUAUAUAUAAUAAAAUAAAAGUUAUAUGGCUAAGUGAAAAAGAUAUAGCUAAUUCGAUUAGAGAUAUGGAUUUUUCAAAUAAUGAUGAAUUGAUACAUUGCUUAAGAAACUUAAUGGGACAGAUGAAGCCAACUGGUGGGGCACUAGUAAAUGUCAAAUCAGAUCUUCUCGAAAAGUUUGUCAAUUAUUGGAAUGCGACACAGAAAAAGAAGUAUCUAUGA